GACGUUUCAUCUGGGUAAGGGUCAAGCUGGGUGAUGAGGAUUGGACUUUUGCAAUGGUUUACGUCCCAUCAGAGCCUGCUGAAAGGAAAUCCUUCCUGCAGGAGCUCCCUUACCUCCUCCCAGAUGCCCAGAACAUUGUUCUGGCUGGGGACUUUAAUACAGUCCUCUCCCCUGGCCUAGAUUCCCCAAACUUCGCAUUUCCGAAAGCAGAUGCAAGGCAGCUCAUGGCCUUCAUCGAGGAAUCCGGCUACAUUGAUGCAUAUCGGCAAACCCACCCCACUGAGCACAGCUUUACCUGGUUUUCUUCUCAGAAAACAGACGUGGGCCCUCCACCGAAACUAAGGCUGGAUCUAAUGCUGACCAAAGGCUCUGCUUGGGAUUCACUCAUCUGCAUUGACGUCAUCGCUGAUCCCCUCUCUGACCACCGCCCCCUGCUAGCCACUUUCGAGACUGCAGCAGCGCUUGCGAGGGGACCGGGAAUCUUCAGGCUGAACGUGGAGUUGCUGGAGCACCAGGAGGUGCUAAGCUGGGUUGAGAACCAUUGGAGGGAUUGGGAGCAGACGAAAGGAUGGCUUAAAGUGGAGGAGGAAUGGGUGCAGCUUGGGUUUCGAAUGAUAACAAGGGCCUUGGACGUCUUCUCCAGGGUCUAUGCUAGGGGGAGGCGGCUGGAGGAGGAAGAGAGCAAGAGGCAGGUCGAGGAAGCUGAGAGAAUGUUGGAGACACAGCCCCUUGUGGAGUUGCACUGGGAACGAAGGCGCCAAACCUGGUUGCAGAAAUGGGACCAACUUCAGAUCCAACAGCAGUCACAAUGGGCCAAAAGAGCAGCGGAGAGGGGCAUCGUUGGAGGGGACAGAAUUACCAAAGAAACUUUCAAACGGUUGGCCCCUCCUCGAUCUCAUACCCUCUUCAGAGAGCUGGAGCAUCCCUUUCUGGCCGACGCAGAUGCGGCAACCACCACCGAGGCCAUCGGGAAUUAUGCUCCGGAGUGCUUCCAGGACAUCUUAACCUCGCGCAGGCCUCCAGGGCAGACUCUCCAACAGUUGAGGGAGGAGUACAAUCUCUGGCAGGACACCGACGUGGCCUUACCUAACGAAGCCAGAUUGCUUCUGGACAGGCCAGUCACUGUUGAGGAGCUGACCGAGACUUUGAAGGCGAUGGCAAAAGGGAAGAGCCCUGGCGUGGAUGGGUUACCAGCGGAGUUCUACACUGCCACUUGGGACUAUACCGUGCCAAUUUUGGUCAAAUUGUAUAAUCAUGUGCUGGAGGGAGGCUCUCUGAGGGAAGACAAGAGAAGAGGUGUGAUAACCUUGAUCUACAAGAAGGGGGAUAAGCGCAAUAUUCGCAAUUUCCGACCAAUUUCACGGCUCAACGUCUCCUACAAGCUUUUAGCUAAGCUCCUUGCUAGAAGAAUGGCUCCCUUUUUGCCGGCGUUGGUCCACACAGACCAAGGUGCCUUCGUGCAAGGGAGAGCAAUAGAAGAAAACAUCUUCACGGCAAUGGGAGCCUUGGAGAUCAUCCAGCGAGAAAACCGCCAGGUCAUGGUUGCCAUGCUCAACCUCAAAAAAGCGUAUGAUCGAGUCAAUUGGUCUUUUGUACUGGCUACUCUGGAGCACAUGAACUUUGGGAUCGGCUUCAGGACAUGGGUCGCAGCUCUGUACACUGACACCACAGCCUCUGUCCUAGUCAAUGGGUACCAGUCCCCCCUGUUCUCUCUGACGAGGUCCCUGAGACAGGGAUGCCCCCUGGCCUCACUCCUCUUCGCUACGCAAAUGGAUGUAUUCCUCAACUCUAUUCGCUCCUCCCCAUGCAUCAAGGGGCUGCAGUUGGGCCCUGAACACACGCUGACAACGGGAGCUAUUGCCAAUGACCUGCUAUUAGUAGCUGAGGCGCAGUAUAACUCCCUCGCGGAGAUUAAAAGGCUGCUGGACAUUUACGCGCAGCUAUCGGAAGCGCAGGUGAACUGGAGGAAGUCUCUCUGCUUUCUCCCAGAGGAAUACCAGCUCGAGGAUGACUGGGGUAUGACAAGAGUUGGACAGAAUCUCUCGGAGAGGUUCCUGGGUGUCCAAAUUUCUCUGACGUGUGCAAGCCGGGCGCAGGACACUAUCUUAAAAGCCAAGGUACAGGCAAAGCAACGGCUUUGUCGAGCCGCACCAGGCUUUGCGUUAUUUGGUAGGGCCAUGGUUAUGACGACCUUGGUCUUCUCCCAACUCUGGUACGUCGCUGCUGUCCUUCUCCUAUCGAAGCCCAUGUUGAGGGGUAUUAAGAAGGAUGCGUCCAGAUAUUUAUGGAAGCCGGGAGCGCAAGAGGACGAAGGAUUUAUUACCAAGUGUGCAUGGCAGAAGAUAACCUGCCCAACUGACGAAGGAGGGCUUGGCAUUCUGGACCCUGAGGCCCAGAACCUCGCCCUACUAUUCAAGUGGUUUAUCAAGGCCUGCACCCAACCAGAGCAGCGCAAGUGGCUGGCGGUCUUCGAGUACCUUGCGCAACAGGAGUUCCACCUCGCAAGACCUGAGGACAUCUGGACGUGCAUUCUCAUGGAUUCUUAUGUGCGUCGACAGCCAGCCUCCCCCCUCUUAACUGCCUGCUCAGCAUGGAGAGCCCUCAGCUCCUUCAAUAGAAAGGAGUCGUGCACCAGAGAGGAGGUCUUGAGACAGCCCCUGUUUGAUAACUGUUAUAUUACUGAUGAUGAGGCACUCCCCCUCUCUGCCACUUCAACCAGGGGAUCCUUUGGGCGUAGAUGGGUCGAGAAGGGUAUUGAUACAGUGGGAGACUUGUGGGAUGACAGCGAGGAGGAAUGGAUCAGAGACACUGCCCUGAGGGACACCCUCGGCAAGCUAAGGUACGUCGAACGAAGGAAACAACAGAUCAUCCAAGCGAUACCCCAGCAUUGGAGGACACUUCUGCAGACCAAGCAGCCCGUGCAAGGACAAUGGUACCUGGGAGACACCCAGGGGCAGCAGACUGUCUUUUUGAAGAUUGGAGAGCAGCUGGACGAAGACACCCUCAUAGCCCAGGAAUGGACAGCCCCGGUCAUGGAAGUGCUCAAACAAGGACUCCAGUUUCGGGACACAAUCAGCCUGAGCUCCACAGAGAGGCUACAGUUGGUAAGAGUUCACACUUCGCAACCUCGCCCAGGGGUAUACCACCAUGAAGUCCUCUUAGCUGGAAGACCUCUAGUUACCUUACGAAUUGAUCCGCUGGUGGGCUUCUGGAGGGAUGAAGAAGGGAAAACGGUACCUUUCUGCUGUUACUCCUCCAAGCUCGCAAGAAACCUGCUUUCCAAGAACCGUCCGUCACCUGCAGCGGUGGCCAGCAAGCUUAGCAGCUCAGCCUCCCAUACUCUCUGCAUCUCAGAGAUUGGAGUCAGAGGCCUCUGGAUUCAGCUUCCCAAUCUACCUUCUCGCAAGCUUGCAGCCCUUCUCUGGAUGGUGUCACAUGCAAUUGUACCCACCACAGUCUGGCUCUUUGAAAGGGGAAUGGACAUCGCCACUAAAUGCAGCAGAUGUGGGGGAAGAGCUGAGGAGACGAUCUCACAUCUGAUUUGGACUUGCCCAGCCUCGAAGCGCAUUAGGCUAUGAAAAAUGGGCAAUCGGUGGAAUCAUCCCCAGACAUUGGUUCAAAGCAACCGGCAGAGGUUAUGUGGCACAGACUGUGA